AUGGCGCGGAAAGGAUUUUUAUUAUUCGUGUCAAUAUUGUUCUUCGUUGUGUUUCCAUGUGAAAUGAGAAGGAACAAGGACCUGCCGACUGAGAAACAAUUGACUUUACAACGUAAGGAGACUAAUCCGGUGAUGUUUACAAGGCUUGUUGUAAUGAGACUUGUUUAUGGAUUAGCGAAAGUGAUGGGCUUCGAAGAGCCCGUUAGUGAGGUGAUGAAUGGCGCGUUUGUCCCACCCGGAGCUGAUGACGACGAUGAUUUCGACGAUGAUGAUGAUGACGACGGAGUUUUCGAUGACUAUUAAUCUCAAACAUACACUACACGGUAGAUGUAUUCAAGAAGUAUACCGUAAAAUUAAAUUAGAUGACGCGAGAGAGUAAGGAGACAGAAGAUUUUGAGAGGUAAACGAAAGAUUGGAUAACUAUUUUAAAAAAAGUUAAAUAUGGAGUGUCGACGAAGA